AUGGUACGUUGGUUCCUUCUGGAAACAGAGCACAUGAGUUGCCUGAUCAAGUAUUACUAUCCGGUAUUGUUGGGCGAAUUACAAGAAAUAAGUAAAUCUGACGACUAUCUUGCCGAAGAGUUUGAUAUACUUCAAGAGAGUGAAUUACAGCCUCACCAUUUUAAAUUAAAUCGCGGAGUUGAAGCUGCAUUUCGAAAUGGAUGGAAUGCUGGAUGUGAUUACGGUCCAGAAUUUGCUAGAGCAUUUGCUUCGAAAGUUUUAAUAUCAAAUCAAUCGAGUCAAGUUGGCAAGAAGAAUCUUAUACUUAUGCUGAGUUUUUAG